CAUCAAUGCAGCAUUAAGGCCCGUUCUCUCCCGGUUCUCUGGUUCUGGACUCACUGUUGUUCACAGAGCAAGGUGACGUACACACUCACUGUUGCUCCUCCUACAUGGACGUAUGUCGACUCAACGUCACUGCUCUGGAAUUACGAACCUGACCGCCCGACUACGAGACGCCCUGCUCCCUCACGGUACUGUAAAACUGCUAGCUUCGGUUACUGAACCUCUGCCUGCCCCUGGAUCCGAACCAGCCUGCCCCACCGAUACCGAAGCCCCUUGAUUGACUGUGCAUGAUCCGGAUUGUCUGUGAUUCUGAAUAAACCGUUUAACCCUACGUUCUGCCUGUGGUCUCCGUGCUGUGCAUGUGGGUCCUUUCAUCUGCUGUUCCCUGACAGAACGAUCUGGCCAGACUUGGACCCAGCCAGCGCCCAGCCUUCACCCCGGUCAGCCGCCGCUGUCUCUUCUUUUUUCCCUCUCUGUUUGGCUCCGUGUACAAGCCGCUCACCAGAGCAAUGGAUCUCGUUUUCCUAAGUCUACCGGAGGACAUCCGUGGCGAUCUCCAGGGCUUAGCCAGGAGAUAUGCGGAAGCACCCAGCCCCCAGGUUCGGCUCUCCGUGGUAGAACUGGCCAUCGAGAUACUGGAGGACGAAUACUGGUGGCGUGAGUACAAGCGUAUUUCGAUGGGCUCCGACUAACGCGGAGGGACUUGACACGCGCUCUGCGCGUAUCGCCUGGCCGCGCCUCUGUCGCCGCUCCGGCGGUUCCCGUUCCUGACGCCGCUCCGGCGGUUCCCGUUCCUGACGCCGCUCCGGCGGUUCCCGUUCCUGUCACCGCGUCGGCGGUUCCCGUUCCUGUCGCCGCGUCGGCGGUUCCCAUUCCUGUCGCCGCGCCUGCGGCUACAACCCAAGUUCCAGACGCCGCCGGUUCGGUUCACCACACGGACCCCGCUACAGAGACCCAGCCCCUGCCGCUCUCAGCGCCUCAGACGACGGUCAGCCGCAGGCGCCCCAGACGACGUCGGCGAGGGCACGGGUCUGAGGUUCAGGGCCCAGAGAUCUCGGUCGCAGUGCCCGAGCAGCUCUCCCCUCCCGCGGGGGUUCCCCUCGGUUCUCCCACUGACUGUGUUGUGUCGAUUGCAGGCAUCCCCGCUAGCGUCGCCCGACGGGUCCACCUCCUCUGCUCUCCUCCAGUUGCGUUUCUCUUUGCCCAUCUCAUGAACACCGCCGAUUCGGCAGCAGACCAGGGCACGAGAGAACAAUUGUUCGAGGAAGCAGCCGCUCUCGUCCUGAGGGAACCUGUCCUGCGUGAGGUCCUGCAACUCCCGGGCCUGCAGCCAGCAGCCGCUUCAUGUCCCACCUCUCAGUCAGGUCAGUCAAGCCAUGCUCAGUUUCCAGCCCCAGUCCAGCCGAGCCCAGUUCAGUCUCCAGUCCAGCCGAGCCCAGUUCAGUCUCCAGCCCAGCCGAGCCCAGUUCAGUCUCCAGCCCAGCCGAGCCCAGUUCAGUCUCCAGCCCAGCCGAGCCCAGUUCAGUCUCCAGCCCAGCCGAGCCCAGCCCAGCCGAGCCCAGUCCAGUCGAGCCCAGUCCAGUCGAGCUCUGUCCCAGUACAGUCCAGUCACGCGCAGGUCUUAUCCCAGUCAGAGGACUCCACCUGUCGAACGGGUGCUGUGCACACCCGAUCAGGCCCGACGUCUCCUCCGUCGAGCUCGGCAGCUGUAAGCAGUCAUGCCGGCUCCGGAGGGGACGCCGUCCCAGGUCCUGUCGGCCAAGUAGAUGCCGUUCCUGUCCCUGUCGGCCAAUUAGAUGCCGUUCCUGUCCCUGUCGGCCAAGUAGAUGCCGUUCCUGUCCCUGUCGGCCAAGUAGAUGCCGUUCCUGUCCCUGUCGGCCAAGUAGAUGCCGUUCCUGUCCCUGUCGGCCAUGUCGAGGCCGUUCCUGUCCCUGUCGGCCAUGUCGAGGCCGUUCCAGUUCCUGUCCCUGUCGGCCAUGUCGAGGCCGUUCCAGUUCCUGUCCCUGUCGGCCAUGUCGAGGCCGUUCCAGUUCCUGUCCCUGUCGGCCAUGUCGAGGCCGUUCCAGUUCCUGUCGGCCAUGUCGAGGCCGUUCCAGUUCCUGUCGGCCAUGUCGAGGCCGUUCCAGUUCCUGUCGGCCAUGUCGAGGCCGUUCCAGUUCCUGUCGGCCAUGUCGAGGCCGUUCCAGUUCCUGUCGGCCAUGUCGAGGCCGUUCCAGUUCCUGUCGGCCAUGUCGAGGCCGUUCCAGUUCCUGUCGGCCAUGUCGAGGCCGUUCCAGUUCCUGUCGGCCAUGUCGAGGCCGUUCCAGUUCCUGUCGGCCAUGUCGAGGCCGUUCCAGUUCCUGUCGGCCAUGUCGAGGCCGUUCCAGUUCCUGUCGGCCAUGUCGAGGCCGUUCCAGUUCCUGUCGGCCAUGUCGAGGCCGUUCCAGUUCCUGUCGGCCAUGUCGAGGCCGUUCCAGUUCCUGUCGGCCAUGUCGAGGCCGUUCCAGUUCCUGUCGGCCAUGUCGAGGCCGUUCCAGUUCCUGUCCCUGUCGGCCAUGUCGAGGCCGUUCCAGUUCCUGUCCCUGUCGGCCAUGUCGAGGCCGUUCCAGUUCCUGUCCCUGUCGGCCAUGUCGAGGCCGUUCCAGUUCCUGUCCCUGUCGGCCAUGUCGAGGCCGUUCCAGUUCCUGUCCCUGUCGGCCAUGUCGAGGCCGUUCCAGUUCCUGUCCCUGUCGGCCAUGUCGAGGCCGUUCCAGUUCCUGUCCCUGUCGGCCAUGUCGAGGCCGUUCCAGUUCCUGUCCCUGUCGGCCAUGUCGAGGCCGUUCCAGUUCCUGUCCCUGUCGGCCAUGUCGAGGCCGUUUCUGUCCCUGUCAGUCUCGGGGUGGCAGUCCCGGCGCACCUCCGGGAGGAGGUCGCGCCCGCCGCAGUCCCCGCGCACCUCCGGGAGGAGGUCGCGCCCGCCGCAGUCCCCGCGCACCUCCGGGAGGAGGUCGCGCCCGUCAUAGUUCUGGCCGUACCUGCAUCGGUUCCUGGCGGCCCGGCGCUGACCGCGUUGCCACGUCUGUUCUCGCUUCGGCAGCUGGACUGGUGGCCUCGCCCUCGGCGCUUCCGGCCGUUUGGGUGGCGCUGCCUCCUGCGGCGCCGUCCGCCUCGGCUCCGCCGUCGUCAUGGCCGCUCGCCUGGGGAACGCCCCCUCCUGCCACGACGAUGGCGAGGCCUCUGCCGCCGUCGCCCACCACGAUCCUGGGACUCCCCUGCUGCCACCCUCCAAAAGAGGGGGGGGUUUUCUGGGCCCCAUGGGACCGUUGGGGAUGAACUCUGAGCUUCCUACUUCCGGUUUUAUGAACUCCUGAUUUGGGUUCCAGUUUCCACUUCCUGUCUUUAUUUUGGUAGUCUCCCGGUUUCUGUUUUCGGUUCCAGCUUUACUUCCGGUCCCCAUUAGUCACACCUGCUCCGUAUCAAGUAAUCACUUCUUGUAUUUAACCACCACCUGUUUCCUCAGUUCCCCGCCAGAUCGUCGUAUGUAUGCCAGACUACCCUUUCCAGCAUUUAGUUAUCCUGUUCAUGUGUUUUGAUCCUGCUCCGUUUUCUGACUCCUGAUUCUCGCCUGCUCCCUGAUCGGUACUUUUGCUUGGACAGCUCUGGAAUUACGAACCUGACCGCCCGACUACGAGACGCCCUGCUCCCUCACGGUACUGUAAAACUGCUAGCUUCGGUUACUGAACCUCUGCCUGCCCCUGGAUCCGAACCAGCCUGCCCCACCGAUACCGAAGCCCCUUGAUUGACUGUGCAUGAUCCGGAUUGUCUGUGAUUCUGAAUAAACCGUUUAACCCUACGUUCUGCCUGUGGUCUCCGUGCUGUGCAUGUGGGUCCUUUCAUCUGCCGUUCCCUGACAGUUGGUGAAUAGAACAUAUUAAACUGUGCUUCAACAUCAGCAUUUACACCCAUAGAAAACCUGUGUCCUCAGGCUUAAAGGCUGAGACGUGUCAUACUUUUACUCCAUGUCAGGUUGAAACUCUUCUGUUGAGCCAGAGUUCAAAGACAAACCUGGGUUUGGAUCCACCCUCAGUUGCUGUCACUCAAACCUUUCCUGCUGUGUUUCCAUGUUGUCUAGUGUCAGUUUGAGUUAGUGGAG